GGCGCGAAAUCUCUUCAGUUUUCUGUAGAGGCUGAAGUAGGGCAGACAGCGGCUCAGAUAUUUGUCAUUUUAUGAUCUUUUGGGAUAAAAAUUCCAAUUACAAAAACAAUGGCCACUGACGUACUGGACGACAGGGAGAUGAGGGAGGCCCAGCGGGACUAUUUGGACUUUCUGGAUGAUGAACAAGACCAGGGCAUCUACCAAAGCAAAGUACGGGACAUGAUCAGUGAGAACAAAUCUCGACUGAUUGUCAACGUGAACGACUUGAGGAGACGAAACGAGGCCAGAGCAGCGAAGCUGAUGAACAAUGCAUUUGAGGAGUUGUUGGCGUUCCAGCGCUCUCUGAAGGACCUGGUGGCUUCGGUUGAUGCUACUUAUGCCAAACAGCACGAGGAGUUCUUCGUGGGGCUGGAGGGCAGCUUUGGUGCCAAACACGUGAGCCCCCGCACUCUCACGUCCCGCCUGCUGGGGAGCAUGGUGUGUGUGGAGGGCAUCAUUACCAAAUGUUCUCUGGUGCGUCCCAAAGUGGUGCGCAGUGUCCAUUACUGUCCUGCCACCAAGAAGACUCUGGAGCGCAAAUACACAGACCUCACUUCACUGGAUGCCUUCCCAUCCAGCGCCGUCUACCCCACGAAGGAUGAGGAGAACAAUCCUCUGGAGACAGAGUUUGGCCUCUCCAUCUACAAAGACCACCAGACCAUCACGGUUCAGGAGAUGCCAGAGAAGGCACCUGCCGGACAGCUGCCCCGCUCCGUGGACAUUAUCCUGGACAAUGACCUGGUGGACCUGGUCAAACCUGGGGACCGUGUGCAGGUGGUGGGCACCUACCGCUGUCUUCCUGGCAAGAAGGGGGGCUUCACCACAGGGACAUUUAGGACCAUCAUGAUCGCGUGUCACGUCAAACAGAUGAGUAAAGAGGUCUCUCCGACCUUCUCUGCCGACGAUGUGGCCAAGAUCAGGAAGUUCAGUCAGGCACGCUCCAUUAACCCGUUUGACCAGCUGGCACACUCCCUGGCCCCCAGUAUCCACGGACACGAGUAUAUAAAGAAGGCCAUCCUGUGCAUGCUGCUGGGAGGAGUGGAAAAGGUCCUGGAGAAUGGGUCCCGCCUCAGAGGAGACAUCAACGUCCUGCUCAUUGGGGAUCCAUCAGUGGCCAAGUCCCAGCUGCUCCGGUAUGUGCUGCACACAGCCCCCAGAGCCAUCCCCACGACUGGCCGAGGCUCGUCUGGAGUGGGUCUGACCGCUGCAGUCACGACCGACCAGGAGACGGGCGAGCGGCGUCUGGAGGCAGGAGCCAUGGUUCUGGCUGACCGUGGAGUUGUGUGCAUCGAUGAGUUUGACAAAAUGUCCGAUAUGGACCGCACAGCCAUCCAUGAGGUGAUGGAACAGGGCAGGGUCACCAUCGCCAAAGCUGGGAUCCACGCAAGACUCAAUGCCCGCUGCUCUGUGCUGGCUGCUGCUAACCCAGUCUACGGCAGAUAUGAUCAAUACAAGACUCCCAUGGAGAACAUCGGGCUGCAGGACUCACUACUGUCCCGUUUCGACCUGCUCUUCAUCAUGUUGGACCAGAUGGACCCUGAGCAGGACCGUGAGAUCUCAGACCACGUCCUGAGAAUGCACCGCUACAGGGACCCCCGCGAGCAAGAGGGUGCAGCCAUGACUCUGGGCGGGACAGUGGACGUCCUGGCCACAGAUGACCCUGAUGCAGCGGCACAGGAGCAGGAGGAGCUUCAAGUUUAUGAGAAACACAACAACCUGCUGCACGGAGCCAAGAAAAAGAAGGAGAAGAUCGUGAGUAAGGAGUUCAUGAGGAAGUACAUCUGCAUCGCUAAAGCCGUGACUCCAGUGCUGACGGAGGAAGCGGCCAAUCACAUUGCAGAGGAGUACUCUCGUCUCAGAUCACAGGACCAGCUGGGCACUGACAUCGCCAGGACCUCCCCAGUGACGGCUCGUACCCUGGAGACUCUGAUCCGAUUGUCCACGGCUCACGCCAAAGCCCGAAUGAGCAAAGCCAUCGAGCUAGAGGAUGCCGAGGUGGCUGUGGAGCUUGUACAGUACGCUUACUUCAAAAAGGUUCUGGAGAAAGAAAAGAAGCGUUCAAGAAAAGAGCAUGACUCUGGUUCAGAGGAAGAAGAGGAGAUGGGCACUCAGAGCUCACAGAGGACACAGAGGAAGAGGGUGCGCCGUGGCUCUCAAGGCAGUGAGCCCUACAGCCCCUAUGACUUCACUGAAGACCAGGAUGUCCCUGAGAUUCAAGCACGGAGUCCUAAACCACCCAAAGCCAAAGAGCAGCAGGAGGAGCCCAUGGAUGCUACUGCAGAGGGAAAGGAACUAUCAGCAGACAGGCUGAAGGAGUUCAAGUCGUCGCUGUUUGCCGUGUUCCAGUCUGCUCACGCUCAGUCCAUAAACAUGAAGGAGCUGAAGACUGACGUAAACAAAGGGCGGGAGAAGCACUUUAGUGACGCUGAGAUCCGUACCGCCCUCACACGUAUGCAGGACGACAACCAGAUCAUGAUGGCGGAUGACAUUGUCUUCCUCAUCUAGAACUCUUGAAUACAAAAAUCAAGGUCAACUUGCAAAUCUACCACUGCUUUUAGUCUCACCCACAGAGGAUGGAGGUAUUAAAGCUGUAUUGUCACAUCUUCAUAGUGGAAUGAUAUACAGUAUGGUUUUAAUCUUGUCUAACAUGCGUUUGUUCAAUUGCUGUUUUGCUGAAAAUUGUCUUUAAAAGCAUGCAUUCUUGGAAUGUGGUGGCCUCUUCACAAACCUGACCUGUAACUCGGCCUGGAGACGUCUUCUUCUUUUCUCUGGAGAUCAAUGCCAUCCUGUGGAGCAUUCUAGGCAAAGCAAUAACUUCUCCAUGGAGACUAGCAGGUGACAGGCCACCACCAGAAAAUUUACAUGGUGCACUCUUAGGGCAGGUUUCCAUAAGAAGUAGGUAAGAUGCUGGACUUUGGCCAACCCCCACAUUUCCAAGUGAUUUAACAUUCGAUUUGAUUUGAGAACAGAUGUUUGACAAAACUGGUAUUGGAUUAAAUAUAAAAUAUUCUAAUUACAAUUUCACAGCAUUGUGCCACAAUAAUUAAAAUUGUCCCUAAAAGGAAAAUGUAUUCUAUUAAUUUGCCCCAGUCUUUCAGUAAUACUGAGACGACCUCUAUACGGUAGGCUAUAGCAGUGCAUCACUUGAGUCGCCGUCUAGAAAUUCAACAUUCCUGCACAGGUGUCUGUCUGACAUUUUGCCACUGACCUGCACAAAAUUUCUUCCCCUCUCCUUUGUGGGUUGAACAAAAACAUAGAAGCUGUUGUGUCUUUUGAAAAAUCAGAUUUGGCCUUUUUAAUUUUUUUUCCCCUGAAGCUAAGUACCUUUCAUAUGCACCGAGAGCACACAAAUGACUCCCAACUUAAAGUAAUUCAAAAAAGGUGAGCAAUUUCAUAAAGUCUGUAAUAAUGAUAUGACAGUACUGGGUCUGGAUUUGUACAUAAACAUGUUUUGAAUUGUUUUGUGUUUAAAAAAAAUAAAUGCUUUGUUAUUUGUACUU